AUGGCAACAGCCAAUCGUUUUCAAACUCGAGUAGUAGUACCUGAUAAAAGUUCAUUAUCACAUAAUGAAAUUCGUCUUAAUUUACUUUUAACUCAAGCUCAAACAUAUCUUCAAACAUUAAAUGAUCUUCAAAUAAAUGAAUAUAAUAAUAAUGAAAUUCGUGAAUCAAAAUUUGAUUAUUGGUCAUCGCAUAUGUUUGAAAAAAUUGAUCAUUCAUAUAAAAUAUGUUUACAUGAUUUAAAACAAUCAUUUGAACAAUUAAAAUUAUUUCAACAAAUGAUGAUUAAUAUAUUAAAUAAUGAAAAUGAAAAUUAUCUUGAUGGAAAAAAAUUAUCAACUAUUGAACAUGAAAUAUGUAUUUUAAAAUGUUUAACAUAUCAACUUGAUACAACAAAAGUUAAAAUUGAAGGAAAACUUAAAUCGAAUCAAGAAUUUAAUCAUGAUGAAUAUGAUAUGUCAAAUGAUGAUGAAAACUAUUCAGAUAAUCAAACGAAAUUAAAUGAAAAAAAACCAAAUAAAGAUUUUCUUUGUCGAAUUUUAAUACCUUAUGAUGCAAUUAAUAAAAUUGAAGAUUUACCUCUUUUUCAACAAUAUGUUCAAAUGACAACAAAUCAAAUUAAUGAAGCAACACCCGAACGAAUUUUAACUAUUAAUGGUCCUCAUCAUUUAGAUGUUAUUGAAAAUAUACUUUCUACUUUAUAUUCAUCAACAAUAAAUCCAUGUGAAUUAAGAAUUUUACUUCAUCAAUCAUAUGCACCAUUAAUACUUGGAAAAUUAGGUGAUCGUGCAAAGAUUUUACGUGAAAAAUAUUCUUUACAUACAUUAACAAUUCAUCCAACAUGUGCACCAAAAUCAACUGAACGUGUUCUUCUUAUACAAAGUUCAUCGAGUGAUGAAAUACUUGCUUGUUUAAAAGAAAUAUUUAUUAAUAUUAAUCAACAUAUUUAUGAUGGUGAUGAUCUUUUACUCUACAAUGAAAUUAAUUACGAUGCUUCACUUGCUCAUGAAUAUGGUGGUUUUGCUUCAUCUGAAAUAAUCUCACGUUCAAAUGAUCAACAUAAUCAUGAACAUGAUGAAAAAUUUCUUGAAGAAGAAGAUGAAGGUAUUCGUCGUUAUUCAGCAUUUGAUGCUUGGAAUGGUUCAGUUGAAGCUGAUACAGAUCAUGAAUUUUCUAUUGUUAAACUUAGUGAUGAUUCAAUUAUACGAGAAUUUUGGAUAAAUCAUGGUCAAUUUGGUGCUUUACUUGGUCCUCAUGGUAUACGUAUUGCACAAAUUCGUUCUCAAUGUCGAACUGUUCGUAUUCAUACUGUCGCUGGUUCAUCUAUUGAUACAUGUUCAGUUAAAGUAAUUGGUCCUCGAGCUGAUGUUAAUCGUGCUGUUAAUUUAAUAAUUCAAUCAAUUAAAGAACAUGAUAGAAAAUUUCCAUUUAAACAUCAUCGUUUUAGUGGUCGACUUAGAUAG